ACAGAAAAGAGAAAAAUGACUAGAAGGCGCCUCGACGAUCUAGGCAAAGAUAGUAAGCUAGAUAUUUCUUCAGUCCACUCUACAGUCCGAUCUCUAAUAGGAGGUUAUCAUUCAUGGCCUCUACUGCCUUACCUCCGGCAUUGGCAACUCGUUCUAUUCCUUUCUCCUUCCCUGGCCAUCGAAGGCUCAUCUACAGUCCUGCCGGCUUCGGACCGAAGAGCAUAGGGGGCUCCAAUCGCUUCUUCCACCCUUUCCGGCUUCAUUAUCGACUCCUACGCGUCGCCAGCGAGCGGCAGAUCAAAGAUCCGGUUUCCGAAGAAGACUACUAUACAGGUUGUCAAGAUGCUUUAAGCUCUACUGUAUAUGAUGCCUCUACAAUUGCAUCAAACAUCCUAUAUCAUGCCGAGCUUACACCCUCAUUUUCUGCUGGGCAUUUGCAUCUGCCCAAGGCUUACUUCGCUACUGCUGAGAGCGUUCGUGAUGAAUUGAUGAAAAACUGGAAUGCAACAAGUAGUUACUAUGAAAAGAUAAAUAUGAAGCAAGCAUACUACUUGUCCAUGGAGUUCCUGCAGGGUAGAGCUCUCUUGAAUGCAAUUGGUAAUUUGGAUCUAACUGGCCAAUAUGCUGAGGCAUUGAAAAAGCUUGGGCACAAACUUGAGAAUUUGGCUGGACAGGAACCAGAUGCUGCAUUGGGGAAUGGUGGGCUUGGACGGCUCGCUUCAUGCUUUUUGGAUUCUCUUGCUACCUUGAAUUACCCGGCAUGGGGUUACGGGCUUAGAUACAAGUAUGGUUUGUUCCAACAAACUAUUACAAAAGAUGGUCAAGAGGAGGUUGCAGAAAGUUGGCUCGAGCUUGGAAAUCCCUGGGAAGUUGUCAGACAUGAUGUCUCAUAUCCUGUGAGAUUCUAUGGAAAGGUAGUUUUAGGUUCAGAUGGAAGAAAACAUUGGAUCGGUGGGGAGAACAUAAAGGCAAUUGCAUAUGACGUUCCAAUACCGGGCUUUAAAACAAAAACUACUCUUAACCUUCGUCUAUGGUCAACAAAAGUUCCUGCAAAAGAUUUUGAUCUGGAAGCUUUUAAUGCUGGGAAACAUAACCAAGCAAAUGAAGCCCAUGCAAAUGCUGAGAAGAUUUGCUAUGUAUUAUAUCCUGGAGAUGAAUCAGCGGAGGGUAAAAUUCUUCGCUUAAAACAGCAGUACACCUUGUGCUCUGCUUCUCUGCAAGAUAUUAUUGCUUCUUUUGAGAGGAGAUCGGGUAAUUCGGUCAAUUGGAAAGAAUUUCCAAGUAAAAUAGCAGUUCAGAUGAAUGAUACUCAUCCUACGCUGUGCAUUCCUGAACUGAUGCGGAUAUUAAUUGACUUGAAGGGCUUGAGCUGGAAGGAGGCUUGGAGCAUUACUCAGAGUACAGUUGCAUAUACAAAUCACACAGUUCUUCCUGAAGCUUUAGAAAAGUGGAACUUGGAACUUUUGCAGAAGCUGCUUCCUCGACAUGUUGAGAUUAUAGAAGAAAUAGACCAUGAGUUAAUAAACAAUAUUAUUUCAGAAUUUGGCAUUCAAGAUCUUUCAAUGCUGGAGCAAAAACUGAAAGAUAUGAGGAUUUUAGACAAUGUUGAUUUUCCUGAUUCUGUUGUAGAGCUGUUUAAUAAAGCUAAAACGAUAUCUGAAGGUAAAUCGGAAAAGAAGCUCUUAGUCAAAUCAUUAGAGCUUACUACAACAGAUGUGGCAAGCGAAAAUUCAGGAACCAUGGAUGAGGCUGAAGAAGUAAGCGAUGUGGCUAAACCUGAAGGCCAACUAGAGGAGGAUGAGGAUUCUACCUCUGCAGACUUAUCUUGGUUAAAGUCUAGUCCUAAAUUGCAAAAGGUGGUACGAAUGGCCAAUCUAUGUGUUGUUGGCGGACAUGCAGUCAAUGGUGUUGCUGAAAUUCACAGUGAAAUUGUGAAAAAAGAUGUAUUUAAUAGUUUUUAUAGGCUGUGGCCUGAAAAAUUUCAAAAUAAAACAAAUGGAGUCACUCCAAGACGUUGGAUCCGAUUCUGCAAUCCUGAAUUAAGUAAAAUAAUAACCAAGUGGAUUGGUACGGAAGACUGGGUUGUGAAAACUGAGCACCUGGAAGAACUUAAGAAGCAUGCUGAUAAUGAGGAUUUGCACAUGGAAUGGAGGGCUGCAAAAACAAGCAACAAAAUGAAGGUUGUUUCGUUAGUCAGGGAGAAGACAGGAUAUAUCAUUAGCCCAGAUGCAAUGUUUGAUAUACAGGUGAAGAGAAUCCAUGAAUAUAAACGCCAACUGUUGAACAUACUUGGAAUUAUUUAUCGGUACAAGAAGAUGAAAGAAAUGAGUGCUCAAGAGAGGAUUUCAAGCUUUAUUCCUAGGGUAUGCAUAUUUGGAGGCAAAGCAUUUGCAACAUACGUUCAGGCGAAAAGGAUUGUAAAGCUCAUCACAGAUGUUGGGGCUACCAUAAAUCAUGAUCCUGACAUAGGAGAUCUACUAAAGGUUGUAUUUGUUCCUGAUUACAACGUUAGCAUAGCAGAGAUCCUCAUUCCUGCUAGUGAAUUGUCUCAGCAUAUCAGUACGGCUGGAAUGGAGGCCAGUGGAACCAGCAACAUGAAAUUUGCAAUGAAUGGUUGCAUUUUGAUUGGAACUUUGGAUGGAGCCAAUGUUGAAAUAAGACAAGAGGUUGGAGAUGAGAACUUUUUCCUAUUUGGUGCUCAGGCUCAUGAAAUCGCAGAUUUAAGAAAAGAAAGAGCUGAAGGAAAGUUUGUGCCAGACCCACGAUUUGAGGAAGUGAAAAAAUAUGUUCGCAGUGGUGCUUUUGGGCCUUACAACUAUGAGGAGUUGAUGAGAUCUUUGGAAGGCAACGAAGGAUACGGUCGUGCAGACUAUUUUCUUGUCGGGAAGGAUUUCCCCGAUUACCUCAAAUGCCAGGAUAAGGUUGAUGAAGCAUACAGAGAUCCAAAGCAGAGGUGGACAAAAAUGUCAAUCUUAAAUACUGCAGGUUCUCACAAAUUUAGCAGCGAUCGGACAAUUCAUGAAUAUGCUAGGGACAUUUGGAGCAUACAACCUGUCCCACUUCCAUAGAUAUUAAUAUUACCCACAGCAGAUAAGCUUUUGAUAAUAACUAUAAUAACUCUUAUGAUCAGGUGGAUCAGAUUCAUCUUCUGUAAUUCAUACAAAAUUGCAUGUUAAUAUGCACCCAUCAAGAACUUUGCUUUGCAGUUAUAUAAGGAUUACGAUAUGCAGUCUUGUUUCA